AUGGAAUUUGAAACUCCAUACCACCCUUGUUUCAUUCCAAAUGAGUUUUCUCAAGAGGGACACAAUGUAAAAUGGACUACAGAAGAAAAAAACUCGUUGGAAUAUGCUCUUGCUUUAUUUGAUGAGGAUACACCUGAUCGAUGGGUGAACGUGGCAUCUGCAAUCCCAACAAAAUCGGUCUUUGAUGUGAUUAGGCACUAUAAUUCUUUUAAGUUGGAGAUGGUUGGAGAAGGAAGCAGAAAGAAGUCUUCUACUGUUAUUAAGAGUACUUCUGGGAAUGAGAGGAAGAAACGAGUACUCCAUUGGACAGAAGAGGAACACAAACGUUUUUUGGAGGGACUUCUAAAAUGUGGCAAAGGGAGAUGGAGAGAUAUUGCUCAGAAGUUUGUAUUCACAAAAACUCCAACUCAAGUGGCAAGUCAUGCUCAAAAGUACUACAUUAGGCAAAAUCGCAAUAUCCAUGAUAUCAAAAGGAGAGCUAGUAUUAAUGAUAUCACCACUCUUAUUAUCAGUGAAACUAUCACACCAUCACCGGAUGAUCAAGACAAGUCUCUUCCAUUUCAAGAGUCUCAAAUAAUGUUCUCACCGCAUGAUCAGAAGCAAACUAGCAUCCAAGAAGUGCAGGACGAUGAUAUUGAGGAACUCUUGAAUAUAACUGAAGAGUCUCAAAUAAUGCCCUCACCGCAUGAUCAGAAACAAACUAGCAUCCAAGAAGUGCAGGACGAUGAUAUUGAGGAAUUCUUGAACAUAACUGAAGUUGCAGCUGCGCAAAAUGGAUUCCAGAUUGACUCUUUUUGGGAUUAG